UCAUUGUUUCCUUCGCAUUCAAGCGGUUGAUUUCUCUUCAGACUUUUCGCGGUCUUUCAAAACUCCCUCUCUCAGUUUUUAAUAUUCUUUAUGCUCAGAGUUUUCUUGCUGAACAAAUCCGAGUUUUUUGCAGUGAGCAUUAAGGUUGCAGUACCCGAGGUUUAGAUAACUUCAUGGAUUCAUUUUUAGGAAAAGCUGUGAUGAAAUUGGCUUCGAAAGAAGACCCUGAAGAGUAUGCUAUCGCAUUAUUUGUGUUACUUCUCUGUGCUUGUAUUGUAACUGGACAUCUUCUCGAGAGAAUUCGUUGGAUGAAUGAUUCAGUUAAUGCCAUUUUCAUUGGUCUUUUCACUGGAACUCUCAUCUUGUUAACAACCCAAGGCAGAAACUCUCGCAUCCUAGUGUUUAGUGAAGAGCUUUUCUUCAUUUAUGUUCUUCCACCUAUAAUAUUUAAUGCUGGGUUUCAGGUGAAAAAGAAGCAGUUCUUUCGGAACUUUCUAAUGAUAAUGUUGWUUGGUGCUGGUGGUACUGUGAUCUCAUUUUUCAUUAUAUCAAUAGGUUCACUYCAUUUAUUCAAGACAUUAGAUAUUGGCUUCUUAGACGUGGGUGAUUAUUUUGCCCUUGGAGCAAUCUUAUCGGCCACAGAUAGUGUUUGCACCUUGCAGGUGCUUGACCAGGAUGAGACUCCUUUUCUGUAUAGUUUAGUCUUUGGUGAAGGCGUGGUUAAUGAUGCUACCUCUGUUGUACUUUUCAAAGCAAUCCAGAGGUUUGACCUCUCUCACAUCACCGCAACCAAUGCCAUUCAGCUUCUAGGAAGUUUUCUCUAUUUAUUCUCGACGAGCACCUUGCUAGGAGUAUUGGUUGGGUUGUCCAGUGCAUACAUCAUGAAAAAACUGUACUUUGGCAGGCACUCGACUAAUCGGGAGGUUGCUUUGAUGAUUUUAAUGCCUUACCUUUCAUAUAUGACUGCUGAAUUGUGCAAUUUUAGUGGUAUUCUUACCAUGUUCUUUUGUGGGAUUGUCAUGUCUCAUUACACUUGGCAUAAUGUGACUGAAAGUUCAAGAGUGAUCACCAAGCAUACUUUUGCAACAUUCUCAUUUGUUUCAGAGAUUUUCAUCUUCUUAUAUGUUGGUAUGGAUGCCUUGGAUAUUGAGAAGUGGAGAAUUGUUUGCCAAAGGCUUCGGGUAUCGGCUGGAGUGAGUCUAAUCAUGCUAGGUCUAGUCCUUGUUGCGAGAGCAGCUUUUGUAUUCCCACUAUCUUUUCUAUCUAACUUGACUAUGAAGUCUCAGAGUGACAAAAUUGGGUUUAAGCAGCAGGUUACCAUUUGGUGGGCUGGUCUCAUGAGAGGUGCUGUAUCAGUGGCACUUGCUUAUAGUCAGUUUGCGUCAUCAGGGCACACGCAAUUGAAAGGGAAUGCGAUCAUGAUUACUAGCACAAUCACAGUUGUUCUCUUUACUAAUGUGGUAUUUGGGCUGUUAACCAAGCCUAUUGUAAGGUACAUGCUUUCGCUGAAUAAUAGACAGAUUCAUGGUACAAUGGUAGCAGAUUCUCCUCUGAAAUCGCUGAAUGAUCCUCUUUUGCCCGACCGGGAAGAUCCCGAACCCGAAGCUGGAGGAUCGAACAUUCCCCGUCCACCCAGCCUACGGAUGAUGUUUACAUCUCCAACUCAUUCUGUCCAUUAUUAUUGGCGGAUGUUCGAUGAUCGAUACAUGCGUCCUGUUUUCGGUGGAAGAGGUUUUGUACCUUUCAUCCCUGGUUCACCAACUGAAAAGUAUAUCCACUAAUGGUAGAUUCUAUAGAAACACAUGAAAAAUUAUGUAAUCUAGCUACUCUUAGAAAUAACAAGAGAAAAAGGAAGCUGUAGAGUAUCAAAAUUUGAAGAUGGAUGAAAAUUAGUGUGCUAUAUUGUUCAUAGGACAGUGAAAGAACAAGAGAAAAAUGGAAGAGUACCAUAUACUUAGAAGAUGGGUAAAAAAUAGUGUGUAUAAGGUUUAUAAGAUAGUGUAAUGCUGUUGUUCGUGUAAUUUGUUGGUAUCCAUUAUCCACUUUUUCUUCC